AUGAAAGAGAAAAGUGGGUGGAAAAUGAAUCCUCUGCAUCUAAAGGCCAAGUCGCAUGCGGCGCCGACUUUGAAGGAGUGGAUUAUUGAUCUUGUGGAUGUGUUGUGUGCAGAUCAGAUUGAUUUUUUGUUCAUGGCUCUUUGGUCCAUUUGGACAGAGAGAAAUAAACUAAUCUGGGAGAGGGGUACGUUUCAACCCAUGCACAUGAUUAGUUGGUGUGUUAACAGUUUGACUGAGUUCCAGAAGUACCACCCCAAGGCUACAAGGAAGAAGAAAAGACCACUGACUAAGUGGGAAUGCCCUCCACUAGGUAGGCUGAAAAUUAAUAUUGACAAUGCAUUCCGAGUUGAGAAUGGAGCUGGAGGUAUUGGGGUGGUGAUCAGAGAUGAGUUGGGCAUAGGGUUGGCAGCUAUUGCUAGGCCUUUUCUGCAUGCACACUCAGCUAUUAAUAUGGAAGCUGAGGCGUGCAGGGCUGGUCUUUUUCUUGGUAUGCACCAAGGCUGGACGAACAUUGACAUUGAGAGCGACUCUACCCUUCUGAUUGCUGCACUCAAUAGUAAGGAGGAAAACCUUUUGGAGGUAAGUCGGGUUCUUGAUGAUUGUAGAGAUUAUAUGUCUGCUUUUCAAUCUGUAAGAGUUCAGCAUAAUUACCGUGAAGCAAAUGGUGUGGCAAAUAGACUUGCCCACCUUGCUAGCUUAUUUUCCAUUUAUGAUGUUUGGUUAGAUGAGACUCCUGCUAACCAACCGAAUGAGACUCCUGCUAACCAAACAUUUUAUCGAAUGAUCCUAAAUUUUGGAAGAACAACAGGAAGGUACUAA